GCACUCACUCACACUCACUCACACACGCCCACAGACACACACACACACACACACUCCCAGCGAGCUGUCAGUCCUCCGCUCCACGCUGCUCCAUCUGCGCGUCCUGUGCGCAGCGCGGUGCCUCCUGCUCGGCGCGUCCCAGCCUCGCGCACCGCUCUCCUCUCCGGAGCUCCAGGGCCGAGCCCGCGGCCCCCGUGUCGGUCCGGUACCAGGACCAGGACCAGGACCAGAACCAGGACCAUGGCCUCCCAGGCGAUCGAGCUGAUGCAGCUGUCGGACGAGCAGGUCAAAGUGCUGGAGGACUGUUUCAAGGGUUGUCGCUAUCCGGACGGGACGACGCUCAUGCUGGUGGCGGCAGAGUGCGGACUGUCAGAGGACGACACACUAAUCUGGUUCAAGCAGCGGAACGCGAAGUGGCGGAAGGCGGAGGGUCUUCCCGCCGAACACGGCUCGGUGCUGGACUGAGACGUCCCGACCCCGUUGACCUCGGACAAGAAGACCUCCCCUCCUCUUCCUCGCUCCCCUCUUCCUCGCGUCCAUCCCUCUUUUUUGUACCCAUGAAGCUCUUUUAACUUACAGAAUGUGAAGGUGUUUGUUUGUUGUUGCCAACUAUAUAACCGCCAUGUUUACAGAAAUAAACAUUAUUGUUAUUAUAAGUUAAA